AUGUGUGGUACAGGGAGGCGCUGCCUGCCCCAUCUCCUGGUUCUUCUCAUGUUCAUGUUCAGCGGGGAGAGAACUGAGGCACAAAGAGCAGCAAUAUUUUCUGCCACUCAUGCAGGUUGCAAGAAUGUUCACUAUGACCUUGUCUUCGUCUUGGAUGCCUCCUCCAGCGUUGGAAAAGAAGAUUUUGAGAAAGUUCGCCAGUGGGUGUCUAAUUUGGUGGAAACUUUUGAGAUUGGCCCAGACAAAACCCGUGUUGGUGUGGUGAGAUACAGUGAUCGUCCAACCACAGAGUUUGACCUGGGAAAGUACAAAACCCGUGAGGAAAUCAAAGAGGCUGCAUGGAAAAUUAAGUAUGAUGGGGGAAAUACAAACACUGGAGAUGCUCUCAGGUACCUCAACACUUACAGUUUUUCCAAAGAAGCUGGUGGGAGACUUAGUGACCGAACUGUUAAGAAAGUGGCUAUCCUUUUGACUGAUGGAAGGAGCCAGGAUUAUGUCUUGGAUCCAGCCACUGCAGCCCGUCAGGCUGGGAUUAGGAUCUUUGUUGUGGGUGUUGGUGAGGCCUUGAAAGAGGAACUCGAUGAGAUUGCUUCAGAACCCAAGUCUGCUCACGUGUUUCAUGUCUCCGAUUACAACGCCAUCGAUAAAAUCCGGGGGAAGCUGAGAAGACGUCUCUGUGAAAGAUUUGACCUGAUGGAUUCAUUCAGCGUGAAACAGAUUUUUGGAAUGAAAGAAAAUGGAAUUCAGAGUGCUUAUGUACGACUUGGAAGCUUCCCUGUUGUUCAGAAAACUGAGGAUGUAUUUCCACAGGGUCUCCCUGAUGAAUAUGCCUUUGUAACUACCUUCAAAUUCCGGAAAGCUUCCAGGAAAGAAGACUGGUAUAUUUGGCAGAUUAUUGACAAGUAUGGCAUACCACAGGUCUCCAUCCGACUGGAUGGAGAGAACAAAGCUGUGGAGUACAAUGCCAUCGGGCUCACCAAGGACGCCGUCAGGGUGGUCUUCCGAAAUGCACGGGUCGGUGAUCUUUUUGACCGCAACUGGCACAAAAUUGCCCUCAGCAUUCAGUCCAAGGCUGUCUCACUGUACAUAGACUGCAGGCUGGUGCAGAUGCUGCCCAUUGAAGAGAGGGAAAAUAUUGACAUUCAGGGGAAGACUGUGAUUGGCAAACGCUUGUACGAUAGUGUCCCCAUUGAUGGUCUCCCUGAUGAAUAUGCCUUUGUAACUACCUUCAAAUUCCGGAAAGCUUCCAGGAAAGAAGACUGGUAUAUUUGGCAGAUUAUUGACAAGUAUGGCAUACCACAGGUCUCCAUCCGACUGGAUGGAGAGAACAAAGCUGUGGAGUACAAUGCCAUCGGGCUCACCAAGGACGCCGUCAGGGUGGUCUUCCGAAAUGCACGGGUCGGUGAUCUUUUUGACCGCAACUGGCACAAAAUUGCCCUCAGCAUUCAGUCCAAGGCUGUCUCACUGUACAUAGACUGCAGGCUGGUGCAGAUGCUGCCCAUUGAAGAGAGGGAAAAUAUUGACAUUCAGGGGAAGACUGUGAUUGGCAAACGCUUGUACGAUAGUGUCCCCAUUGAUUUUGAUCUUCAGCGGAUGGUUAUUUACUGUGAUUCUAGGCAUGCUGAGCUGGAGACUUGCUGUGACAUUCCCUCUGGACCAUGCCAAGUCACGGUCCUGACGGAAGCACCUCCCCUGGAAGUGAGGCCCACUGUUGGCAACGAGCAAGUUGGACACCUCAAGUUUUUCAAUUGCUCCUGUCCUGCUGGACAAAAGGGGGAGAGAGGUCCAAUUGGGCCUGGAGGUCCUAAAGGUCAAAAGAGGUCCAAGAUUGGGUACAGCCCAUGCAGGACUGUGUCACAGUCUCAGGGAGCUGGGGAUGACGCCAUGGAAAUCCAGGCUCUGACAAUGAUUUGGGAGAAAGUGGCAGCCAAGGGCUUCCUGGACUCAGAGGAGAAAAAGGAGAGUCAGGCAGAGUCUAUGGCAGAGGAGAAAAAGGAGAAAAG